GUCUUGGGUUCGUUUCAAGUUACUGUAACCCUCAGAUUGCUUACCGGUCAGUAGUAAGAACAUUUCUGUUUUUCACAGGCCUUAAACACGGACGGAACAUCGUGUAUAUGAUUGUGUUUGUUCGCAGAGUUCUCUUUAUUAAAGACGCGUAAAUAGAGUGCGUUGUGUUUAUGGAACAUGGAUGACUGAUCUUAUUAGUGUUAAAAGUAUUAUCCGAUGAAGUCUAUUCAUAAGUCAAAAACCUUUACAGGUUAAUAAUAGAAAUAUUUGAACAAGAUAUUUGGUUUUUGGCUUACGUCGAUCUUUUAGUUCUGUGAUGUUCAACCGCAUUUUCGGAUCUGUUAUGAUGGAGUUUAUUUGUAAACUGUUUACCUAACAACCGCUGAACAUUUCGAGAGCAGUGACCGGCGUGUGUUGGGUUCAAGAAAUACCCAAAACAAGUGUGAUAUUACGAACUUUUUUGGGUUUUUUAAAUGACGAAUACGUAGAGACCUGAAACACAAAAUACACGAGUUUGAGGACACGAUGAAAAGAUGCAACAUGCUAAUUAGAGCACACUGUUAUGAAACACGACUGACCUACAGGAAUAUUGUGGUUUACGUUUUUACGGAAACUAUUCUGUCUAGAAGAUAAUAUAAGUCUACAACUGUCAAUACCAUGUGCUGGAUUUUCUAGACAUUAUGUAUUUGUUGUGCUGUGUCUGUUUUCUGAGGGACGUUCACAAGCAUUAGUCUCAACAAAAUAGCAUGGCGAAAACAUCAAGACGGGUGACGUUUGAUGAUAAUGGUGUCAAGCUUCCAAGCAUCUUUCUAAACAAUAGAGUUGGUGGUAGGCAAGCUGUCUCGAAGCGUGACACGUCACUUCCGCCAACUAAGCCUAAUGGUCAGCUUGUGUCGUCAUGGAGACCCGAGCAUGAUGGGAACUAUACAGUUUACCGCUACGAAGGGCAACAUCUUCGAGCCGACAACGCGAGACCUUCAAGACGACAGCAGUCUCUGCCACCACGAAAACCAGAAGGUGAAGAUGAUGCGUUACGACACUCCUUGUCAGCCCCACACAACGACGCACCCCACGGUCCACUGCCUAAGACUAACAAUCUUGUAGCGAAAGACUAUGCUGGUGUUUCAACCCAGUCUCGUGACGCAGGUUUCAACAGAUCGAGAAACAAUAAAUUUGCCACAUCCUGGGCCAACGCGAGGGUCGAAAACACCAUUGUCAAUGACAGCGAUGGUCGAAAAAAGACCAAACGUCAUCAGCAUGAUCAAGAAGCAAAUAAACAGAACAAGGAAGAAAAGAAAUCCAAUGGUGCAACGGACGGUCCUAGACAUUUAGAAGGAAAUGAUAAAAUGCAGCACGGCAAAGACCAGUACCACGAACAAAGCCCUAGACCAAAAGAAAAGCCAGUGGAUAUAUUUCAUGCCAGUAACCCAAACAAGGUACAAUCACCCUCUGUCGAAUCUCCAUCUACACAAAGAAAGGUUAAAGUACCACAACAUAAACCUAACCCUGUAGAAACGCAAAAGCAUUCUCCUGUAAUUAGUCCCGAUUCAGAAAUAGAAAGUAAACCAAUGAAGCACAGAUAUCAAUGGCGGGCGGACUUCCGACAAAGCGAACCGCCAAUUCAUAUUUCCGAAAGAGAAAGCAGACGACAAGAAAGGGAGCUAACCCACAAGCCGACCCUCACCGACAUUAAGGAUAUUUACAAGGCGUAUAUAGGUGUUACGAAAAGGAACAUGAAACACGACUACGACAGAAAUAAGACUUCGCACUCGGAUUCGGAGUUUCUCGAACAGAAAAGGACAGUGCCUUCAGAGAAAGAGCACAUUCUAAAUCCCAGGGAAACGCAUUCGUGGAUCAAAAUACAUUCUGUGUACGGGUCCGAUUCGUUUAAGAAACAAAGGAAACAGUGCUUUAUUGAUAAAUUAGCUAAGGUUGAGAUGGACAUGAUUAAACAAAACCAGAUUGAAAAUAAAGAGAAGGAAAAACGCAGGAACGAAGCGAAGAUGCGCCAGCAGAGACAACUCAUGUUUGUUCGAAAACGUUUCCAAGAACAACAAUGGCGUCGCUUCCGGACGCAGUACGUCACAAGCCGCGUUCUUGAGCACGAACUCAUGAAUCGGCACAAAUACGGUUUGCCGGAAGCCUACGGAGAUGACACAGAUAAUAAUAGUGCCAAACCGAGACGUAAAAAGAAACCAAAUGUUAGUGAUUUCGACGAGAAUAAAGCCAAGCAGAAGUAUGAGAAGAAAUUCAAGGACAUGUUCGAUUACAACGCAGGACCCUCUUGGGAUUCUAGCGGGAAAACGCCCAAGAUGGAAGGCAUUGACAUUGUGGUAGUUGAAGUGCACGAUACGGAAGGGAAUGUGAAGCAUCAAAAGAAGGAUGUAAAGAAAAUAGUCAAAGAAGCUAAAAACGCAAUCAGUGUAUCCAAGUCAGAUGAUGACGUUACGGACAAGUCUAAAUCACGACUGACGCCGGGUUACCGACGUAGUAGGAGCAGGAGCAGGAGCAGGAGUAGGAGUCGAGGUCGGAGUGGUGACAGGAGCCAGAACAAGAGCAGGAGUCAGAGCUGGGGUCGUGUUUCGUUAGACUCUUUGGAUCUCGAUGACGAUGACGACGAUGAUGACAUUUUUGAAAGAGCCAGAAGAAAAUACAAUUUGAGCGUUGACGAUGAAGACGAGGUCUAAAGCAGACGAUUAAACUAGAUCAGUUAUGUAACUGCCUAUUUAGAGUCCAUUAGCAGUUACAUGCCAAAGAAUAGUUCUUAAUUUAUUUUAUUAUUUAUACAGUGUUUUAUACAGUGAUACGUAUGCAUUAGUUUGUUCGUGAAUCAGAUUAGGUGGACCAAACCAACGAUCGGGAUGGGUUGGGGGAUCUUAAACCUACUUCAUAUAAAAAAAUUGGGAACGCCCGAUUUCCUGUUAAUUUAGGUUAGUGCUUAUGUCUAAAUUAAAGGUUAUGAUACACUUGUAAUGGACCUUGGUUAUCUGAGAUGUUUGUUUGUUCAGGAUACAGAUUAACUGGUGGUGGUGAUAGUGUGAGAGAGAGAGAGAGAGAGAGAGAGAGAGAGAGAGAGAGAGAGAGAGAGAGAGAGAGA